GCGCCACGGGCCGGGAGACGAAGGGGUCGUCUUCACUCGCCCAUCGGCUGCAGCCCGCACACAGCGUCCACGCGCACACCAGAGCCAGGGGAGAGUUGUCCCCGCAAGGAGCCCGGGAACAUUAGGACUCAAUCAGGACUUUCUCCGUCGAGGUGGUUGGUUGGACUCUCCGCUCCGCAAGCCCCGCCCCGCCCGUCGGGUAGCGCGGCCUGGUCCCGGCGCCUGCGACUCCUCGGAGCCACCGCCUCCGCGCCGGCCCCGGGACCGACCCCGCCGUCGGACCCGCCACCAUGGACCCGACGCCCGAGCUGCUCUUCUACGUGAACGGCCGCAAGGUGAUAGAAAGAAAUGCUGAUCCUGAAAUAAUGCUGUUACCAUAUCUGAGGAAGAAGCUUCGACUCACAGGAACUAAGUACGGCUGUGGAGGGGGAGGCUGUGGUGCGUGUACAGUGAUGCUAUCACGAUACAACCCCACCACCAAGAAGUUAAGGCAUUACCCAGCCAAUGCCUGUCUGAUCCCCAUCUGUUCCCUGCAUGGUGCCGCCGUCACCACGGUAGAGGGCAUAGGAAGCACCAAGACCAGAAUCCAUCCUGUUCAGGAGAGGAUCGCCAAGUGUCAUGGCACCCAGUGUGGAUUCUGUACCCCUGGGAUGGUGAUGUCCAUGUAUACACUGCUCAGGAACCACCCAGAGCCCACUCUGGAUCAGUUAACUGAUGCUCUUGGUGGUAACCUGUGCCGUUGCACUGGCUACAGGCCCAUAAUUGAUGCAUGCAAGACUUUCUGUAAAUCUUCUGGCUGCUGUCAAAGUAAAGAAAAUGGGAUUUGCUGUUUGGAUCAAGGAAUAAAUGGAUUACCAGAAUUUGAGGAAGGAAAUAAGGCAAGUCCAAAACUCUUCUCAGAAGAGGAGUUUCUGCCACUGGAUCCAACCCAGGAACUUAUCUUUCCUCCCGAGCUAAUGAUCAUGGCUGAGAAACAACCACAAAGGACCAGGGUUUUUGGUGGUGAAAGAAUGACAUGGAUUUCCCCAGUGACUCUGCAGGGACUUCUGGAAGCUAAAUUCAAGUAUCCCCAGGCCCCUGUUGUCAUGGGAAAUACCUCUGUGGGUAUGUAGAACCCCAGGGACUACUUAUGGGGAAACUGAGGAAAAGGCAUUGAUUACAUUGCAUUAAUUACAAAUGACUUCAUUUCAGAGCUGACUCUGGGUGCUGGCCUCAGCCUGGCCCAGGUGAAAAAUAUUCUGGCUGAUGUGGUCCAGAAGCUUCCAGAGGAGAAGACACAGAUAUACCGUGCUCUCCUGAAGCAUUUAGGAACUCUGGCUGGGUCCCAGAUCAGGAACAUGGCUUCUUUAGGGGGACAUGUCAUGAGCAGACACCUGGAUUCAGAUCUCAAUCCUCUCCUGGCUGUGGGUAACUGCACCCUCAACUUGCUAUCAAAAGAAGGAGAACGACAGAUUCCUUUAAACGAGCAGUUUCUCAGCAAGUGCCCUGAUGCAGAUCUUAAGCCUCAAGAAAUCUUGAUCUCAGUGAACAUCCCCUACUCGAGGAAGUGGGAAUUUGUGUCAGCCUUCCGACAAGCCCAGCGGCAACAGAAUGCGCUAGCGAUAGUCAAUUCGGGGAUGAGAGUCUUCUUUGGAGAAGGGGGUGGCAUCAUUAGAGAGUUAUCCAUUUUAUACGGAGGCGUUGGUGCAACCACCAUUUGUGCCAAGAAAUCCUGCCAGAAGCUCAUCGGAAGGCCCUGGAAUGAGGAGAUGCUGGAUACGGCUUGCAGGCUGGUUCUGGACGAAGUCUGCCUUCCGGGCUCAGCUCCAGGUGGGAGGGUCGAGUUCAAGAGGACUCUUAUCGUCAGCUUCCUUUUCAAGUUCUACCUGGAGGUGUCACAGGUUUUGAAGAGGGUGGACCCAGUUCACUAUCCUAGCCUUGCAGACAAGUAUGAGAGUACUUUAGAAGAUCUUCAUUCUAGACAUCACUGGAGCACAAAAAAGUACCAGAAUAUAGACACAAAGCAGCUUCCUCAAGACCCAAUUGGCCACCCCAUCAUGCAUCUGUCUGGUGUGAAGCAUGCCACCGGAGAAGCCAUUUACUGUGAUGACAUGCCUGCCGUGGACCCGGAACUUUUCUUGACUUUCGUGACUAGUUCAAGAGCUCAUGCUAAGAUUGUGUCUAUUGACCUGUCAGAAGCUCUCAGCCUGCCCGGCGUGGUGGACAUCGUGACCGCGGAACAUCUUAGUGGCGUAAACUCCUUCUUCUUUUACUCCGAGUCUGAGAAAUUGCUGGCAACAGAUAAGGUAUUUUGUGUGGGUCAACUUGUCUGUGCCGUGAUUGCAGAUUCAGAGGUUCAGGCAAGGCGAGCUGCUAAGCAAGUGAAGAUCGUCUAUCAAGACUUAGAGCCACUCAUCCUAACAAUUGAGGAAGCUAUACAACACAAUUCUUUCUUCAAGCCAGAAAGGAAACUGGAAUAUGGAAAUGUCAAUGAAGCAUUUAAAGUGGUCGAUCAAAUUCUUGAAGGUGAAAUAUAUAUGGGAGGUCAAGAACAUUUUUAUAUGGAAACCCAAAGCAUGCUUGUCGUUCCCAAAGGAGAGGACCAAGAAAUGGAUGUCUAUGUGUCCACACAGUUUCCCAAACACAUACAGGACAUAGUUGCCUCAACCUUAAAGCUCCCAGCCAACAAGGUCAUGUGUCAUGUAAGGCGUGUUGGUGGGGCGUUUGGAGGGAAGGUCAUCAAAACUGGCAUCAUGGCAGCUGUCACCGCAUUUGCUGCAAACAAACAUGGUCGUGCAGUCCGCUGCAUUUUGGAACGAGGAGAAGACAUGUUAAUAACUGGAGGCCGCCACCCUUACCUUGGAAAGUACAAAGCUGGAUUCAUGAAUGACGGCAGAAUCUUGGCCCUGGACAUGGAGCAUUAUAGCAAUGGAGGCGCCACCCUGGACGAGUCAUUAUUCGUGAUAGAAAUGGGAAUUCUGAAAAUGGACAACGCUUACAAGUUUCCCAACCUACGCUGCAGGGCUUGGGCGUGCAGAACCAACCUUCCAUCCAACACAGCAUUUCGUGGGUUUGGCUUUCCUCAGGCGGGGCUGAUCACCGAAUCCUGUAUCACAGAAGUUGCAGCCAAGUGUGGUUUGUCCCCUGAGAAGGUCCGAACAAUAAACAUGUACAAGGACUUUGAUCAAACACCCUACAAACAAGAGAUUAAUGCCCAGAACCUGAUCCAGUGCUGGAGAGAAUGUAUGGCCAUGUCUUCCUACUCGCUGAGGAAAGCAGCCGUGGAAAAAUUCAACACGGAGAAUUACUGGAAGAAGAAAGGGCUGGCCAUAGUCCCCCUGAAGUUUCCUGUCGGCCUUGGCUCAGUCGCUGCUGGUCAGGCUGCUGCCCUGGUCCACAUUUACUUGGAUGGUUCUGUGCUGGUCACUCAUGGUGGAAUUGAAAUGGGGCAGGGCGUUCACACUAAAAUGAUUCAGGUGGCCAGCCGUGAAUUAAGAAUGCCGAUGUCAAACAUACAUCUGCGUGGGACAAGCACAGAAACUGUCCCCAACGCAAAUGUCUCUGGAGGGUCUGUGGUGGCGGAUCUCAACGGGUUGGCAGUAAAGGAUGCCUGUCAAACUCUUCUAAAACGUCUUGAACCCAUCAUCAGCAAGAAUCCUGGAGGAACUUGGAAGGACUGGGCACAGACUGCUUUUGAUGAAAGCAUUAGCCUUUCGGCUGUUGGAUACUUCAGGGGUUAUGAGUCGGACAUGAACUGGGAGAAAGGUGAAGGCCAUCCCUUCGAAUACUUUGUUUAUGGAGCUGCCUGUUCCGAGGUUGAAAUAGACUGCCUGACGGGGGCUCAUAAGAACCUCAGAACAGAUAUUGUCAUGGAUGUUGGCUACAGUAUAAACCCAGCCCUUGACAUAGGCCAGAUUGAAGGUGCGUUUAUUCAAGGCAUGGGGCUUUAUACCAUAGAGGAACUGGAUUAUUCUCCUCAGGGCCUUCUGUACACUCGUGGUCCAAGCCAAUAUAAAAUUCCUGCCGUCUGUGACAUCCCCAAGGAAUUGCACAUUGCUUUGUUGCCUCCGUCUCAAAACUCGAAUACCCUGUAUUCGUCUAAGGGUAUGGGAGAGUCCGGGGUGUUCCUGGGCUGCUCGGUGUUCUUCGCUCUCUGGGACGCGGUGUGUGCAGCACGGCAGGAGAGAGGCCUGUCUGGGCCCGUGAGGCUCAGCAGCCCGCUGACCCCAGAGAAGAUUAGGAUGGCCUGUGAAGACAAGUUCACAAAAAUGAUUCCAAGAGAUGAACCUGGAUCCUACGUUCCUUGGAAUGUACCCAUAUAAAUCAAAUACAAACUUCUGGAGAAAAUGGGGUGACUCUUCCUGCAUGGCAAUCUAUUCAGUCUCUAUGCUCUAAGAUGCUAGAUCCGAAAGACAGAUUUUCACAGUUCAGAAAUCAUCCCACAGAGUGUUGCUUUUGUAUGAAGCUGACUUGAAAUGUUCCAUUUAGGUUUGAUAGAUAUGCUUAAGCAAUUUAUAAAUCAUUUUAAAUGGUAUAAAUACUAAUUGGUUUCCUCUAGGGUGAUAGUCUCCAUCACUCUGUCCCUUAGAUCCAUCCAGCUAAAUGGAAUAGACGAAGACUUGUGUGUGACUCAUAUUUGGCUUGUAUCCACCAACAGGAAUUAUACUGUCUAGUGCAGGGCAAUUUUCUAAAUAAUUCUAUUAUUA